UUCCGGCUCGCGGUGCUGCGGUCCGGGCAUUAGGAGUUGCAGAAGUAACGGAUCUAAAAACUUUCUGUCCGCAAGUGUUUUCGCCUGAAAUAGCGCUUCAACUAGAGUCUGAGGCUUCAUCCUUCAGGGGAAAACAUGGCUCUUUAAAACUGUCACCGUCUUCCUCCUCCACGUCAAGCUCCGCGUGCUUCGCUCGUGCAGCACUUUACGAGACUACUCAGAAACUAUGGGUUCUUCCACUGCUCCUUCAUCCAGCCAGUGCACGGUUCGUGCUUUUGAACAAUUUGAUCGAAGCAGACGACACAAUGGCGGCAUCGAUCCUUCGCCGGAAAAUUCCUCCCAUUUCCAUAGGCGAGCUCCGCGCUCCCUUUCUCCGACAGGCUAGCCACAGCCAAUCACGGCCCGGGACGGGGGCGGAGCCUGUGGAGAGGCAGCACUUAAUUGGCGAUGGUCACUCAGACUGGAUGACGGAAAAAGUUGAUUUGUCUUCAUUUGUGUCAACGAGUGAAUCUUCUCCGAGCUCUUCCCUUCCGCCCUCGCCAUUAGAACAUGAUGUCAAGGUGCCCUCGGAUCUGGAGGUCAUGACCUCUCUGCUGCAGGAGGAGUUGGCUCAGCUGGAGGACUACUUCCGCUCCGAGUCCACAUCCACGACAAGCAAGUUGGAGAAAUCUUCAAAAUGUGAUAAGGGUGCUCAAGCCAUGGGCUCCCAGUCUUAUUAUCAGUUACCAUAUGGGUCCUAUGGGUCCAGUCAAUCAGAAGCCAGCCCUGUGGUCGUUACCUUGGCGACAGGGGAACUGGACCUGCCGAGCUUCUGCGGCGGACCCAUUGGCAGAACCAAAAUUGCUCGACCCGCUCCGUAUAACUACCAUCACCGGUACCACCACCACAACAACGGGCGACGAAUCAUCAGCGAGGCUGUGAAAGUAGGUGAAGAAGUUGGACUUGAUACGUGGGGCUCGAGGGGAGGUUACUCAGGAAGCACAGAGUUGUCUGUGAACCACUACUCCACACUGAAGACGGUCAGCAAGAACAGCCUGGGCAGUGUCAAGAAGGUGAGAGAAUGUGCGUUGUCUUUGAAGGAGGAGGAAAGUUAUUGUUUUUCAGAGGGAAUGUUUUGCAGCGAAGAGAUUGCGCGAGGUUUUUGUCUGGGCGGCUCGUACGAGAGCCACCACAAGCGAGACGGACAGUUGAUGCACAACGUGAAGGUUAACGUAAGUUACGACAGCUCGGGGCUUGAUGUUUUGCACUGCGGCAAAGAUGGAGGACUUUCUGGAAGUAUCCCCCAAGAGACUAUGGUGGCCAGUGACGGCUACUUUCACCAGUCCAUGGCCAACACGGAGCCUUACCAUAGCUUUAUAGGUGACCUAGAUCAGCCGUCACAAGCACAGGCUGUAGAGCCCCAACAUGGCCACUACCUCUAUCCAGAAUGCCUUGCAGACCAAAGCUAUGAAUGUCUGUCCAGAGGGGAGGGUGAGGGGUCGCUGAUGGGUGCCCCCAUCCACCGCCCAACCCAGAGGCUAAAGGACGAGCACUGCUCCAUCAAGCCGUCACUGGUGAUGAGCCCCAUGUCUGUGGACCCCAACACUGGAGAGAAGAAGCAGAAGAAGAGAGACCAGAACAAAACUGCUGCUCACAGGUAAACAACUGUCUUUUCUGUCUUUCUUCAAACCUCGUAAACCUUGAAAUCGCAAUUUGAAACAAGGCAAUUGUCAAAUAGGCUGCAAUUUAGCUGUUGACUUUGUGAUUGUUUGGCGUUUUAUGUAAAAAAAGAACGAAAAGAAAAACGUUAUUAA